UAGGUGUCGGUGAAAACCAUCGCAGAAACUUAAGCCAAAAUGGGAAAGGAGAAGACCCAUAUCAACAUCGUCGUCAUUGGACACGUCGAUUCUGGCAAGUCCACCACAACUGGUCACCUGAUCUACAAAUGUGGUGGGAUCGACAAGAGAACCAUCGAAAAAUUCGAGAAGGAAGCUGCUGAGAUGGGAAAGGGCUCCUUCAAGUAUGCCUGGGUCUUGGAUAAGCUGAAAGCCGAACGGGAACGUGGCAUCACCAUUGGUAUUUCCCUGUGGAAAUUUGAGACCAGCAAGUACUAUGUGACCAUCAUCGAUGCCCCUGGACACAGAGACUUCAUUAAAAACAUGAUUACAGGAACAUCACAGGCUGACUGUGCUGUCCUCAUCGUUGCUGCUGGUGUGGGUGAAUUUGAAGCUGGUAUUUCCAAGAACGGGCAGACCCGUGAGCAUGCCCUUCUGGCUUACACACUGGAUGUGAAACAGCUCAUUGUUGGUGUUAACAAAAUGGAUUCUACUGAGCCACCCUACAGCCAGAAGAGAUAUGAGGAAGUUGUUAAGGAAGUCAGCACCUACAUUAAGAAAAUUGGCUACAACCCUGACACAGUAGCAUUUGUGCCAAUUUCUGGUUGGAAUGGUGACAACAUGCUGGAACCAAGUGCUAAUAUGCCUUGGUUCAAGGGGUGGAAGGUUACCCGUAAGGAUGGCAAUGCCAGUGGGACCACACUACUUGAAGCUCUGGAUUGCAUCCUGCCACCAACCCGCCCAACUGACAAGCCCCUGCGCCUCCCUCUCCAGGACGUCUAGAAGAUUGGUGGUAUCGGGACUGUCCCUGUGGGCAGAGUGGAAACUGGGGUUCUGAAACCCGGUAUGGUGGUCACCUUUGCUCCAGUCAACGUUACCACUGAAGUGAAGUUUGUUGAAAUGCACCACGAAGCUUUGAGUGAAGCUCUGCCUGGGGACAAUGUAGGCUUCAAUGUCAAGAACGUCUCUGUCAAAGAUGUUCACCGUGGCAAUGUGGCUGGUGACAGCAAAAAUGACCCACCAAUGGAAGCAGCUGGCUUCACCACUCAGGUGAUCAUCCUGAACCAUCCAGGCCAAAUCAGUGCUGGAUACGCACCUGUGCUGGAUUGUCACACUGCCCACAUUGCUUGCAAGUUUGCUGAGCUCAAAGAGAAGAUUGAUCGCCGUUCUGGCAAGAAGUUGGAAGAUGGCCCCAAAUUCUUGAAGUCUGGUGAUGCUGCCAUUGUUGACAUGGUACCUGGCAAGCCCAUGUGUGUGGAAAGCUUCUCUGAGUAUCCUCCUCUGGGUCGUUUUGCUGUCCGAGACAUGAGACAGACCGUUGAUGUGGGUGUCAUCAAGGCUGUGGACAAAAAGGCUGCUGGAGUUGGCAUCACCAAGUUGGCCCAGAAGGCUCAGAAGGCUAAAUGAAUAUUACCCAUCACACCUGCCACUCCAGUCUUUAUCAGGGGUGGAAGAAGGGUCUCAGCGCUGUUUGUCUCAAUUGGCCAUUUAAGUUUCAUAGUAAAAGACUGGUUGAUGAUAACAAUGCAUCGUAAAACUUUCA